GUCUAAAACAUGCAUACUAUAUUAGUAUAUAUCAUAUUUCAUAUGAAACGGUAACCAUUAUAAGUUCGAUCGCACCAGCAAUUUCCCAAAAAUUUCUUUCUAAAGAUAAAUUGAGAGUUGAGAAAAUUUCCUUUUUUUUUUUUUGUUUGUUUGUUUCACAAGACUGUUGAGUUGUUUGAGAGAAAAAAAAAAACACAAAAAAAUAGCAAAAAUGCAAAACCACUCAAAGCUUCACCAUUCACAAUUUAUAAUCUGUUACUUUUUAUUGUUCAUCGUUUCUUCUCAGAAGCUGCAGAGCCAACCAAAAGAAAACAACACAAUCGAUUUUGGUUGUGGGUGUUAGUGAUAAAGACAUGAUAUAAUUGAGAGAGUUUAAUAGUUGCUUUAUGUCGCAGGUUUCUCUAACAUGUAUUCAAGAAGAGUAAGAGGGACCUCGGUGGAUUUUGGCACAAUCACGGCGAUCGCCAUUGAUAAGGACAAGAACAGCCAACACGCCUUCAAGUGGGCCGUUGAAAAUCUCCUUCAAGAUUCUCCACAAUGUGUCCUUGUCCACGUUCAAGCAGGAAACACAGGAAACAAUCAGGACGAGGCACAUCAAUUGUUUCUUCCUUUCAGAGGAUUCUGCACUCGAAAAGGAAUCAUAGCUAAGGAGGUUAUUCUUGGCGAUCUUGACAUCUCCAAUGCUUUGGUUAAAUACAUCAGCAACAAUUUUAUUGCAAAUAUCGUUGUUGGCACAUCUGCACGCAACUCCUUCCUCAAGAAGUUUAAGAGUCCGGAUGUGCCCACAACUUUGCUUAAGACGACUCCAGAGACUUGUGCCGUCUUUGUUGUGUCCAAAGGUAAGCUAUCAAGAAGCAAAUUUGCGACUCAGCCUCAGAAACUUUCGAGACAACAAAAUCUCUCUUUUUUGUUGUACAACUCAACGAGCUCCAUCUCCAGUGAUUCCGAGAGGGCAUCAACAUCACCUGUAUCUACACAAACCAACAAACCAAUAUCAGAUUCCUACCUAUCCUAUUCACCUCGCAUCUCACCACCUCAAUCUGUAAGUGAGAUUUCUCACUCAGAGAGGACUGACAAUGGCAGCUACGGUGUGGUAUCAACUGUGAGUUCUUACACCAUCUCUUCAAGUUCCACUAACAACAGAAGCUCGAUCACUUCAACGUCCACGGAAAGUCCACUUGCGGGAAAUGUCGUGGAACAACAGAAUCAAAAUCUUGAAGCAGAGGUGAGGAGACUAAGACUGGAAUUGAAGCAGUUUAAGAAGGACAAAGAUACUAUAAACCACAAAGAAAACUCUCAAGAACUUCAAGUACCUAGAGCUACUGCAACCCCAAGGUCAGAGGAAGCAAUAGAAUUGCCUAGAUUAUUGUUUGAGAGGGAAAAGCAGAAAAGGGAGUCUGAAAUCCACGCAGCUGAAAUAGCAAAGCGCAUAGCGCAAAUGGAGAGCCUAAAGAGAAGAUUACAAGAGAUGCAAGCCAAUUUAGAGAAAGAGAGAUUGGUCAAUGAAGUCUCUUACAGACGUUAUAGUAUCAAAGAUGUUGAAGCUGCAACCAAUGGUUUUUCUGAUGAUCUAAAGAUUGGGGAAGGAGGUUAUGGACCUGUUUACAAAGCUGUCCUCCAUUACAAUUCUGUCGCCAUUAAGAUCAUGAAGUCAGGUAUCACAGAGGGACUGAAACAGUUCCAACAAGAGAUUGAGGUUCUGAGUAGCAUGAGACACCCUAAUAUGGUGAUCCUUCUCGGUGCAUGUCCCGAGUUAGGUUGUCUCGUUUAUGAGUAUAUGGAAAAUGGAACACUUGAAGAUCGCAUCUUCUGCAAAAACGAUACACCUCCACUUUCAUGGAGAGCAAGGUUCAGAAUCGCUGCUGAGAUUGCCACAGGACUUCUUUUCCUUCACCAGGCAAAACCUGAGCCCCUAGUUCAUCGUGAUCUGAAGCCAGCAAACAUUCUACUUGAUAAACAUUUCACUAGUAAAAUCAGUGAUGUUGGUCUAGCUCGCUUGGUACCUCCCUCUAUGGCUGAUGAUUCAUUCAGUAACUAUCACAUGACUUCUGCAGCCGGUACAUUUUGUUACAUCGACCCUGAGUAUCAGCAAACAGGAAUGCUUGGAGUGAAAUCGGACCUCUACUCUUUUGGUGUAGUGCUUCUGCAAAUCAUAACAGCCAUGCCAGCAAUGGGUUUAACCCAUAAAGUAGAGAUGGCAAUUGAAAAUAAUAAGCUCAGAGAAAUUUUGGAUCCAAAAGUAUCAGAAUGGCCUGAAGAAGAGACUCUGGAGUUGGCUAAAUUGGCUUUGCAGUGCUGUGAACUGAGGAAAAAAGACAGACCUGAUCUUGCUUCAGUACUGUUACCAGCUCUAACCAGGCUAAGAGAGUUUGCAACAGAGGAUCAUGAACGUGUCCAGGACAGAACAUAUGUGUCACAUGUACACAACUCAGUUUCGCUUCCCCAGAUUCCUCACCCUCAGAUCAACAAGAAGCUGACUGUGGCAGUACCUGCGACCCACGAAGAACUUGAUCCGUAUAGGAGCAGUGGUCAUUCCAUAUCAAGAAGAAGUCGACCUCCAAGAUCACAUACAAGCCAGAGCAAAGGCAAGCGUUGGUCUUUCAUGAGUUGUGCUCCAUCCAAAGUUCAGUGGGGUGAUCUCCCAUAGUGUGUGGGGAGUUCCUUAAUCUUUGUACCAUGAAUCACUUUAAAGAGUUUUGUUCAUGUAAAAUGCACACUAUUAAAGAAUUGUUGUUUAUUAAUGGAAGAUCCUCGUUUGAUGCACAAACCAAAUCAAAUCAAAUCGUCGUUUUGCAUGAUCACGAUCUACGGUAACAAACUAUUUUCUACGCAAAGUUAAGACUUAAUAUUGUUUGUUUCAACAAUAGCAGCUUCCAUGGUAAGAGCUUAGAGGAGGUUUAUUAUACAAUAUCAGUGAGCUUGAUAGAGAAAAACACAAAACCAAAAGUAGUCACUGUGACCUGAUCCCCACAACCUUGCUAGCAAAAUCCCGGAGACAAAAUGAAAUGCUUAGAGCAGAAGAGGUAUUCAGGUGAAAUAGAACCAGUAGGAAAACAAAUAUACGAUCUUUGAGAAUCAAGCAUGAUACAUACUCACUCUCUGCAUUGCAUUAUAAGCACAGUGAACCAUAUGGAAAUAUAUAAACAGUGAUGUGAAAUGAUAAGAAAUACAUGAAAGAAGAGCUUCUUCUCAAGUCUGAUACAACAACACAUCCAUUUCUUAACAAAUCAAGGAAGAUGUAACAUCGAUCAAACAGAAACAUAAAACACUAACUAGCAGAAACACUCAAUGACAAAUUAAAUUACCAAUCGGUAUCAGUAUGAAUAU